AUGAUCGUGCCAUAUGAGGUUGCUGAGCGUUAUGAGUUAAUUAAACAUCUGGAUGAUAUUGUACUUGGUGAAAUAUUAGAUUUGUUUAAUACAGUGUGGGAAGAGGGUAAUUUGCCCAAGGAAUGGAAACAUGCAGUUGUGAUCCCAAUUUUAAAGCCAGGUAAAGAGGCAUCUGAUCCGGGCUCGUAUCGUCCAAUAGCGCUCACGGCAGUGCUUUUCUUCCACGGUGCUGCUCUACAGGAUGUGCAACCGAACAAGGCACGCUGGAAACAGUCACCCAGUCCCAGUACAGUCCAGCUGAAUCAGGGCAUUCCCAGACAACACAAUUCAAAUAACUGCGGAGUGUUUGUGUUGACGUAUGCACUCUACGUGGUAUUGGAGGGGUAUUUUGAUUUCAACGAAUAUGACAUGCCAACAAUUAGAAGGUGCUGGUGUAUGCUUCUGCUGAGUAAUUAUCCAUUGAAGUCAGACGCGGAACGAAAACAACUCAGAAAAAAGAGGAGACUAGAAAGAGCAGAGGCAAUGGAAGCCCCCCCACCUGUUGAUUACUUGACCAAGAUGCCACUGGAGAUCCUCGGGCAGAUCCUGUUGAGAGUGGUCUCAGACGACGGAGACAUGGCCUUUAUGAGACUUUCUCUCACAUGCAAGCUUUUUAGGGACAUUGUCAGUGAGACAAAAUUCAAAGAAGAGGCCCACUUCAUGUGGCUAGACAGUGUCGUGAACUGGAGUGCAUUUUCUGCGCGAUACAGAGAGAAGUUCCGGGUGCCAUAUUCACUGACCCAGGGCCUACGGUGCUGCGAAAUAUUUAAAGACUGCCCACCUGGCUAUGGUGGGAAUGGCAGGAGGGGAGUCCUGCGUGGGUUUUAUUCCUUCAAAGACUUUGAGGGCUACUGCUCAGUUGAUUGUUUUAUUAAUGAUGGAGGUGAAUUUCAGAACGUGUAGAUGCAAUUUUAUUUU